AUGAGCGGCCCUAUUAGCAUCGGCUCCGAGUCUGAAUGGAGCAGUCUCCUCGCAGGCACCAAUGUUGUCAUCGCAGAUUUCUAUGCCGACUGGUGCGGCCCUUGCAAGAUGAUCGCGCCCACAUUCGACGCCCUCGCUAAAGAACACUCGAGUCCGAAAAAGGUGGCAUUCGCCAAGAUCAACGUCGAUAGCCAGUCCGGAAUUGCGCGAGCCCAGGGCGUUUCCGCCAUGCCUACCUUCAAGAUCUUCCAGAACGGCAGCUGUAUUGAGACUAUCAAGGGCGCAAACCCACCCGCGCUCACAGCGGCUAUCAAGAACGCUGUUAAGCUUGGAGGUCCUGUCACUGGCGAUGUGUUUAAGACGCCUGGUCGAACACUGGGUGGCGAUGCGCGAUCGGCUCCGUUGUCAAAGCAGUGGAACGUAAAGGGCAUCUUUAAUGCUUUAAUAACCUUCUUCGGACUGUAUUUUGUGUCAUUAUUUUCGUUUGAUGCCUACAAGUCAGCCGAGAAGAGUCCAUUUAACAUUCAUCGAAAACCAGCAUUUGGAAGCAGCAGUGGUUCUAGUCAGGGAGCUGGAGGUUCUAAAGCCCCUCCACGCUCUUCUUUUAAGACAUUGGCGGAUCUGGGUGGUGAUUAA